AUGGCGUCCUCGUCGUAUAACCCGGCCUGCUACUUGCCUCAAUCAUGGGCGUCCUACCUCCCUGACGCGAUCUCCUGCCCUCCGCCGCCUUCAUACGCCCAGACUCUCUACAGCUACACCAUCUCCCCUUUCUCGUCGACAUACACAACCUUGCGCACCAUGAUGGACGCGCUCAUUGGACUGCCCAUGCUUUCUUUCCUCCUCAUCCCCACAAUGUCCUCGUACUCGACGUCCCUCAAUAUCCUAUUCUUCUACUUGACCUGGUCAACUUUGGUCCUCUCACACCCUCCGCUCCGGAUUGAGAUCGUGGCCACGCUGGCAGUGCGCGUAUUAUUCUACAUCGCCCCGUCUCUUUUCUUCUUGGGCUUCGAUGUGCUUGUGCCCUCUGCCGCCGAAAACUUCAAAGCACUGGGCGACUCCGCGUUGCCAUUCAAGAAGGCCAACCGGAAAAGGACACUGGCUCUGCUACGCAUGCUGGGCUGGUCAAUGUGUAACAUCCUUCUGGGUGUUCUGAUCCAGGCCCUGGUGGAACUCCUCUUCACACGCGUCCUUUUAUGGCGUUCUGCGCUGCGCGUGACAACAGCGCUCCCUUUACCGUGGGGUAUCAUCAAGGAUCUUGCACGGGGUUAUCUCCUCCGUGAGAUCAUUGCGUACGUUUUGCACAGAUAUGUGCUGCACGACUGGCAGCAUACCAUCUCCCUGAGCCGGGCACACAGGGAUUGGUACCACGCCCUCGCUGGUAUCUCCACGCCUUUUCCGCUCAGCGCCUCUUACGACCAUCCUGCUGCCUAUCUCGCCCGCUCCUUCUUGCCGACUUAUAUCCCCGCGGUGCUCUUCCGAUUUCACCUCCUGACUUAUAUGAUCUACCUUACCCUCAUUUCGGUGGAGGAGACAUUUGCGUAUAGCGGAUACUCCACCAUGCCCACCAAUUUUAUUCUCGGAGGAAUAGCACGCCGGACCGACAGCCACCUAUUGUGCGGUGGGGAGGGCAACUUCGGUCCCUGGGGCCUGUGUGACUGGGUGAUGGGUACGUCUGUUGGAGCGGACGUCUUUGACGAUGUGGUCGCCGAAGCAGAGAAGCAUGACGUGCCGGAAAGGAUGGAGAAGAUGAAGGACAGGGCGAAGAAGAGGGUCAACGGGAAAAUCAGUGAUGCAAAGGGAGGCGUGCGGAGGAGGACGAGGAACCGAAGCGACGACGAUUGA